CAAUCAGUAAUAGGCUGGGGAGAGUGUGCCUUGUGGUGGCCUGGUUUCAGAGUGACACAGAUGUGAUAAGAAUAACAAGACUGACAUUCAGAAAAUCAGUUUGUUCUGAUGACCGGCUCAAGAUGAAAAAAGUGCUCUUGGCUACAGCUGUUAUCUAGGCAUCUAGAAGCAGCCUGUAAUCUAAUAAAUUCCCAGAUUGUGGACCUGUGUUACAAAAGACAACUGCACUCCAUCAUCAAGGGUGCCAGUGUAAUGUUCACAUGCUUUCAUCCAGACUGCCUAGAUACUACAGUGCUAGGGGCCAUAUAAGUACUUAUGUGAAGAAAUGAACCGAGGGAUGAUGCUGAAACUGGAAAACCUGGUCCAGUUACAUUGUGCUUGCAGACAGCUGCACAGUCUUUCUUACAGGAAAAUUCACAGAACACACUGGAAGCCUGUGAAGUCAUCCACAUACCCCAUGCGGCCAAUUCAGCCGCACCCACAGCUUUGGCAAACAGACACAUUCAUCAGUGCUGUGCUCUCACAAUAUAGGCUUUUAGCUACAAAGGAGGGGAAAAGACCAGGGAAACAGAAAUUACCACCAAUAAAACCUAAAAUAGAAAGGCAGGAGGUAGAGAUACAGCAGAGGAUGACAGCUGAAGAUCUUGCAAGAGCUAUGGAUAAAGACAUAGUACUACAAAAGAGGGGGAAUGAACCGAUUUGCCUGAGAGUUUUGUCAUCCUCUGUGGCACUUCUCUACCAUCAAAUUCAGAUGAAUCAUGUGUUUGAAGCCCUGCUACUCACAGGCAUUGACCUAGACUCACUAGAACCAGAUUCCGUUUUGGAAGAAGUCUGGAUCAAGGAAGUUGUUAAAAAAUCAGGGAUGAAGUACAAAUGGGCAAAAUUAAAACAAGAAAAAGUCAGAGAAAAUAAAGAUGCUGCGAGAAGGCCUCCUGCUGAUCCAGUUUUAUUAACCCCAAGGCCUCCAGUUGUUACUAUAUUGGGCCAUGUUGAUCAUGGGAAAACAACUUUACUUGACAGUCUGCGAAAAACUCAAGUGGCGGCAAUGGAAGCAGGAGGCAUCACCCAGCAUAUUGGUGCCUUUCUUGUAUAUUUGCCUUCUGGGGAAAAGGUAACUUUUCUUGAUACUCCAGGACAUGCUGCCUUUUCAGCAAUGAGGGCAAGGGGUACACACAUCACUGAUAUUGUCAUAUUGGUUGUAGCCGCAGAAGAUGGAGUAAUGAAACAAACAAUAGAAUCUAUUCAACAUGCUAAAAAUGCCAAAGUUCCUAUCAUCCUUGCCAUAAACAAAUGUGACAAACCUGAAGCUGAUCCUGAAAGAGUGAAGAAAGAAUUGCUGGCUCAUGAUGUGGUUUGUGAAGAGUAUGGGGGUGAUGUUCAGGCUGUACAUAUGUCUGCACUUAAGGGUGAGAACCUAAUGGCUUUAGCAGAGGCAACUGUUGCUCUAGCAGAGGUUUUGGAACUGAAGGCAGACUCCACAGGCCUAGUAGAGGGAACCAUAAUAGAGUCUCGCACAGAUAAAGGAAGAGGUCCAGUAACCACGGCCAUAAUUCAGAGAGGAACUCUGAGAAAAGGAUGUAUUCUGGUUGCAGGUAAAAGCUGGGCAAAAGUGCGCCUGAUGUUUGAUGAGAACGGCAAAACAGUAGAUGAAGCCACUCCCAGCAUGCCAGUGGAAGUUGUGGGCUGGAAGGAAAUCCCUUCAGCCGGAGCUGAAAUCCUUGAAGUAGAAUCUGAGCAAAGGGCACGUGAAGUUGUUGACUGGAGAAACUAUGCUGAACAACAGGAGAAGAUCAAACAGGAUAUGGAAGUUAUUGAAGCAAAGCAAAAGGAACACAAAGAUGCAUACAAGAAAGAGCGAGAGAGCCUAGCCAAUCUGACCUGGAGACAGAGAAAAGCAGCGUUAUAUAAAACCAACAAACAUCUAAUAGCUAUGAGGUCUAAAGAGAGAGUGGAGAGUGACAGAAACGUGCUACCUGUAAUUGUUAAAGGUGAUGUAGAUGGUUCCACUGAGGCCAUUCUAAACAUUCUGGACAGCUAUAAUGCCAACGAUGAAUGUGAAUUGGAUGUGAUCCAUUUUGGAGUAGGUGAUAUCAGUGAAAAUGACAUAAAUCUUGCUGAAACAUUUCAGGGUGUCAUAUAUGGAUUCAGUGUGAAUGCAAACAAAUCUAUUCAGCAGCUGGCUGCGAAAAAGGGAAUAAAAAUUAAACUUCACAAUAUUAUCUACCAUCUUAUUGAAGACUUGAAAGAUGAGUUGAGCAGCAAACUGCCCCCAUCUGUAGUAGAGCAUAUAAUAGGGGAAGCCUCUGUUCUUGCUACCUUCUGUGUCACGGUAGGAAAAAGCAAGGUUCCAGUGGCUGGCUGCCGAGUACAAAAGGGGCAGUUAGAUAGAAAGCUGAAGUUUAAACUAAUUCGUAACAGAGAUGUUGUUUGGAAAGGAUUUUUAACCUCACUGAAGAACCAUAAAGACGAUGUCCAGAUAAUAAAAACUGGCAUGGAUUGUGGCCUCAGUUUGGAUAAGAACAUAGAGUUCAAUAUUGGAGAUGAAAUUAUCUGCUAUGAAGAAAAGGAAGUUGAACAGACAAUUUCAUGGGAUCCAGGAUUUUAAAUAAUUUUACUUCACUUGAAUGUAAUGGAGAAAAGGCCUUGCAUUAUUCCUGAUCACCUUUACAGAAUGUUCUUAUGUCAAAGACACUUACAAAGAGACUUGUAUUGUAAGAAUUCAUUGGGUUCUUAAUGGGGGUGUCAACAGCUGAUAUUUCAAAAGUAAAAGGAUUUGUUUUAGGGGCUAUGAAUGACAGGGGUGGCUUCCUCACUGCUGCAGGAUUGUGCCAACUUUGUAGACCCAUGAGAUCACACGACACAGGAAAGCAUGGGAGCCAGCAUGGCAGUGUUAACUCUUUGGGGACAGAAGAGAAUGUGCUAGAAUGACUCCUAGCAUGUUUCAGAUACAACUAAAAAGUACCUUUCUAGGAAGGAAAGGACUAUUUCAGGUCACUGUAAUACUGUUUGUAUUGGUAACAUCGUUUGGCUGAUAGAAAUAAUUCACCUGUUAAAAUAUUAUCUGAAAAGAAUAAAAUGGCUAGACAAACACAGAAGGAACCAUUAGUGUACUGUCACUACAGCCUUUGAGAAAACAAGUGACUUUAUAUGAAAGAUUUGGCCUUCAUUUCAAUACAGGCUGAUCAACCAGAUGAUUUCAUCUAAGAUUUGUGACUCAUGUUUGCCUGGCAUAAGGUAGUCUGAUUAUUAGAGCGAGGGCAAGGUUCUAUCCCUGCUUUGGUAGACUUGCAUAUUUUGAAUGCCUGAAGUUAGAUAUCUGCAUUUGAAAUGCCUCUGCCUUAACCAUGUUAUGCUAUUUCCCCUCUGUAAAAUUAGGAUAAUAGCAGCUACAUCUCAGAUGUUAAGUAUCAGGGGGUAGCUGUGUUAGUCUGUAUCCACAGAAACAACAAGGAGUCUGGUGGCACCUUAAAGACUAACAGAUUUAUUUGAGCAUAAGCUUUCUUGGGUAAAAACCUCACUUCCAUCUGAAAUGAGGUUUUUAUCCACUCCUUGUUUUAUCUCAGAUGUUGUGAUGUUAAUCUUUGUGUUGUGCUUUGUGGCCCUUAAAUGUGCUUUGUGGUACUUAAGUGCCAAGUAAUUAUAUUAGUGAUUUCUGCUACUGUUUGCAUUAUUGUAGUGUAUAUAUUUAAUGCUGUUCUGUGGUUGCUGCUAGAGCUCUUUCUGCAGUUCCCUCCUAAAACUGUCUCAGAACGUUAGACUUGUACCCAGAACUGUGUUGCUGUCUAUGGGUAUUCAUUUUACUAUUGUAUUACCAUGGAAAGAGUUCAUCUAGCUCCUCCUGGCCUUUUGUUGCUCCUAGUUAGUUUAGAUGCAGGCAUCUGCUGGCAAGCAUAGGGGGGGCAGUGGCCUGCUCUGUCAUCUUAAAGGGAUUUGUGUUUUGUCUUGACUAGCCCCUAGCCAGUCACCUGAGUGCCAUGCAGGGGGAUGGAGCAGGGCUCUUCUUUUCAGGUGACCCCUAGCUCAACUAUAGGAGUCUAGAGAAAAGACAAGGGAACUCCCCUGGUUCCCCACCCCCUCCAUGCUCCCUGGGCAAGAGAGUGAAGAUCCCAGCUGCUGGUUUCUUUGGGUGGGAAGGGGACGCUCCUGUUACUGAUCUCCUGUACCCUGCACAGCAAUGCAAAAAAGAGGAGAUACUGCCCUCAUGCUAAAGUUAAACAGCAAAAUUGCUGCUGACUCCCCCUCCACCCUUCCCUUUGCAGGGCCAGUGCAGAGCAUGCCUAAAAGCUUGCCCAACAGCAGUAAACAAGCCAUGUACAAGCAACUAUCACCAAAACUGAGGCUCAAAAUCCUAUCAGACAAAACAACUUAAUUUUUUUCCUUAGGGGUUGUGGGUAUGUGACUUUUUUUUUAAAUAAAUAUAAUCUUCAUGGUGUCUGAUUUAGUGAUAUUCUGUGAGCAGUACAGCAAGCUUCUGUAAGAGUCUACUUUGUAUGAUGACAGAUAAGACCAUAUUUAAUGUGCAAACUGUGGCAAAUUUAAAGAAAAACCCAGUCACUUGAAUCACCUUGUGAUGUAUAUAAAAUAAUGGAAUUGACCUGUACUUUAAAAUGAAUGUUGCAUAGCUCUGGUCUACACAACAGGGUUAGGUUGAAUUUAGCCACGUUAGGGUUGAUUUUAAAAUUACUGCGUCUACACAACCAACCCCAUUCUUUUGACUUCUGUACUCCUCCCCGGCGAAGGGAGUCGCGCUAAAAUCGACCUUGCUGGGUCAAAUUUGGGGUAGUGCAGACACAAUUCAACGGUAUUGGCCUCCGGGAGCUAUCCCAGAGUGCUCCAAUGUGACCACUCUGGACAGCACUUUGAACUCCAAUGCACUAGCCAGGUACACAGGAAAAGUCCUGGGAAAUUUUGAAUUUCAUUGCCUAUUUGUUUGGCAAGCUCAGCAGCACAGGUGACCAUGCAGUCCCCCCAGAAUCGCAAACGAGCUCCAGCAUGGACUGAAAGGGAGACACUGGAUCUGAUUGCUGUAUGGGGAGAAGAAUCUGUGCAGGCCAAACUCCGAUCAAAAAGAAGAAAUGCUAAUAUAUAUGCCAAGAUCACACAGGGCAUGGAGGACAGAGUAUACAAAAGGGA